CUCGGCUCGGCUCGGCUCGGCGUGGCUCGGCUCUACUCGGUUCGUGUUGGCUGGUCUCCGCUCGGUUCGGUUCUGCUCGGCUGGGUUGUGUUCGGCACGGUUCGGUUCGGCUGGGCUGUGUUCUGCACGGCACGGCUCGGUUCGGCUGGUCCCGGCCAUGGCGCGGCGGGCAGCGGGCAGCGCCGGGGCGCACGGGGACGAUUUCUCCUUCGUGAGCCCCGCGGUGAAGUACGUGCUGUUCUUCUUCAACACGCUCUUCUGGGCGAUCUCGAUGGUGAUGAUGGCAGUGGGGGUCUACGCGCGGCUGCUCAAGCACGCAGAGGCGGCGAUGGCCUGCCUGGCGGUGGACCCUGCUGUCCUGCUCAUCGUGGUUGGUAUCCUCACCUUCCUCAUCACCUUCUGCGGCUGCGUGGGCUCCCUGCGGGAGAACAUCUGCCUGCUGCAGGUGGUGAGUGCUCGGAGCCCUGCUCUGCAGGACCUUGGCUUCUCUGCCAUGGUUCCUCCAUCAUCUCUACCAUCACCCUCCUCUUACUCACAGUUCUCUGGCUGCCUGACCAUCAUCUUCCUCCUGCAGCUGGCAGCCGGUGUCCUGGGCUUUGUCUUCUCUGACAAGGUACGGAUGGCAAGGGGACAGUAUGGCUCCCAGCCUGUCCCGCUGAGUGAUGUCCUUUCUAUUGUCCCUGUUGUCCCAAAGGCACGUGGGAAGGUCAGCGAGAUCAUCAACGGUGCCAUCGUGCACUACCGGGACGACCUGGACCUGCAGAACCUCAUCGACUUCGGGCAGAAGGAGUUCAGCUGCUGUGGGGGUGUCUCCUACAAAGACUGGUCCCAGAACAUGUACUUCAACUGCACGGCUGCCAACCCCAGCCGUGAGCGCUGCUCUGUACCCUUCUCCUGCUGCCUGCAGGAUCCCGAUGAGCCCCUUUGUGUCCAUGCCCCCCUCCCAGGCUGUCGUCAACACCAUGUGCGGGCAGGGAAUGCAGGCUCGGAGCUACCUGGAAGCCAGCGCCUUCAUCUACACCAACGGCUGCAUCGACACACUGGUCAACUGGGUCCACAGCAACCUCUUCCUGCUGGGCGGUGUCGCGCUGGGGCUGGCUGUCCCCCAGCUGGUGGGGAUCCUGCUGGCGCAGAUCCUGGUUAGCCAGAUCCGGGACCAGAUCCGUCUCCAGCUCUACACCCAGCAGCACCGCGCCGACCCCUGGUACUGACCCCAGCAGAGUGGGCAUCUGGCCGUGCUGCAGUG